GGGAGCUGUUACUCACUCCUCACGCGCUGAACACGUGUUGUGUCCCACUAUAUAUACGGUCCCGUAAAACGCGGAAGGGUGUGAAAUAAACAUUAAUGGCUGUUAUUCGCGUAAAAUACAGAUGUGCAAACAUAUGAAACAUUAUUUUUCGUGCAUCGUGUUCACAAGUGGUCAUCGCUUAUUGGAAUUUCCAUUAAGUAAGAGUGGCUCUCGAUCGUGUAAUUGCAUGGAAAACGGAUCGUGACCUGUCAAAGCAAAUGACCUUGGGGUCAACAGAAGCGACAACUUUAUUGCGCAAUACCGCCACUUCCAAGUCAGGGCACAAGAUGAAAAUCAUACGUAAGGAAAUAAUUAUUUUUGCGCAGCCAAAAACAAAUCAGCUUGUCGAAAGCGGACUUUAAGCAAUAAACCAUGUCGGGACAUGUGGAGACGAAAUCAAAUGACUUAACUACCGGCGAUCACAGAAAACCCAGAGUGUUUAACGUUUGCCGUUCUGACGUAAGUGACGACGUCAUCAACAAGUCGCGAAUUCUGAAGACAAUUGCGUACGGUCAAGUCAACAAAGAAACGUCAUCGGAUCCUCGUCCAAUUAGAUCGAGUUCCGGGUUCCCGAUCAACGAUGACGUCACUAUUGAACUUCGACCUUUCAAGCACCAAGUCGGCGGUCACACGUGUGUUCUGGAGAUUGGACGGACGUCGAUUUGUAAACCGUUCGUCGAGCGAGAGAGCUGGUUUUAUGUGAACGCACCGGACGCAUUGAAGCAAUUUAUUCCAAAGUACUUAGGUGAGACCUACGUAAGCUGCGAAGUCAAGGACUCCCGGAAGUGCCUCGUGGCGACCGUGCCGCGCGCGCUGAUUAAAGACGCCGACAUGUCGCGCUACGAGAACGCAGGCACGUGCGACUUCCUGGUUGCCAAGCGACGAAAGAAGCAGCCGAAAAGUGAUAUACUGACGGAUGAUUGUGAACUCCAAGAUACUUCGAAGCUCCGCUCAUGGAGUAGCACGUGCGUUGACAGACAGAUCAGUCGCUAUGGAUUUUGGGCCAACAACCAGCCUCAACGUUUUAUCAUACUUGAAAAUCUCGUCUGGGACUGCGUCAAGCCGUGUAUUAUGGAUCUCAAAAUGGGCACACGACAAUUCAGCGAAAAUGAAAACGAGGCAAAGCGGAUGUUAAAAGAGCGCAGGUGCGCGGAAACCACUUCCGCCUCGCUUGGUUUUCGAAUCUGCGGGACUCAGAGUUAUCAGCUUCAAACAUCGGCCUACAUCUUCCACGACAAGUACUACGGACGAUCACUUAACGAGCUAAGUACAAAAGAGGAGCUACGCCAUUUCUUCCACAACGGCGUCUUUCUGCGCUGUGACGUCAUAGAACAAAUGAUUAAGAAAAUUUUGUCACUCGAAUGUGUUCUAAUUAAAGAAAAACAUUUCAAUCUGCAUUCCACAUCGUUGCUGCUGUUAUAUGACGGUCAUAUUUCUGAUGACGUCAUCAGUGACGCUAGCGAUCACGUCAUGAAAAAGAACAGUGUGCCGGUAGAAAUGCGGAAAGGUGAUGACACUAUUAUUCCAAGUAGCUCAUUAUCCAACGGGAUUUCGACUCAGCCAGUGUGUUUACAAGACAGUUCAAAGUGUGAUGUACAAAACGAAGGGCUGAAAAUGAAGUCUUUCUCUGACGUCAAAUCUUUUACGCGAGAUAGUGCAAAUUGUGAUGUUCCCAAUGCAGGGCUGACAUUGAACACUUCAUCUGACGUCAAAUCAUCGUCAAGCGUCAGGCCACAACACGAGUCGCGGUUAGACCACUGUGAUAUCUCUCACAGUCGAUUGGUCGGCAGAGAGAAUUGCGCUUUGCCUCACGUCGAAUUCCUGCCCGUCGAAAAAGGAAAUGAUUGCAUCAUACAGUGUGAAAAUGAAAACGUAGAAAACGCACCUGUGAAAAAUCCUUACACAUUGAGACAUAAUGUAGAAAGCAUAGAAUCGUCCUCAGAAAUCAACGCGAUUGUCCCAAAGGUAAUAAAUGGGGAUAAAGUGACAAAUGCCAGUCAAGAGCGAGUUUUGACUUCAAAUGUUGAGCAACAAUGUAGGGUCGAUAUGAGGUUAAUAGAUUUUGCUAAUGCUAGUGAUAAAACGUUCGACAUGGAGAAUGAAGAGAAUCGACCGAUUCUAUUUGGAUUAGAAAACCUGAAAGCAAUGCUCAAUGAAAUUCUCCAAGAGGAGAUCCAUCAUCAGUAACCGGUGAUCCACUUAAAAGUACCCCGGAUAAUCUUAAGUAUACUACAGUGUAGCCCAGGUACGGAGAAUACGUUUAAAGGCAUCCGGUCAUACCCCGGGGUACUUGUUUGUAUAUUUUUCGUGCCCCGGGUAAUUUGUAGUAUUCUUAAGAGUACCAGUGGUAUUUUUAAGUGGUACCUGAGCCGCCAAUGACCAAUUGAGCGCAACUGGUAGAAUAACGAUUUGACAUUAACCCUUUGCAUGCUGGGAAAUUUGUUGUCUGCUACAAUGUCGUCUGCUGAAUUUCUAAAAUUAGCAUUUUCUUCGAUUUUUUUUCAAAGAAUACUAUCAGAAUAUCAAACAGUUUGGAUCCUGAUGAGACGCCACGUUCUGGAUCCAAACUGUUUGCAAAGGUCUUCAAAAUUCGGUUCCAGCACUGAAAGAGUUAACUUUUCAAGAAUAAAGGCCAAACCUGUUUAAUUCUAUGCUUAUCGUCAUCGGGCCUGAUAGUUUCUCGAAUGUCGUAAAAGAAAAUAUCAAUUUUGAAAUUUUGGUAAAACAACUGGAAAACAUGAACAACUUUGGACAAAAAUCCGUUUAGUGUCUUUUAAUUUGCGUAAACAAAAUGUGCAGCUAACAAUAGUGUAGAUAGAAAGUACUAAAUGUUCAGAUGACAUCACACAGUUUUGUAAAUUAUCAUUUCUUUUAGUUUGUGUGAUUAUAAUACUGUACUCAUAAUUUCCACCGAAAUCGGGAUAUCAAUUUUAAUUGAAUGUCCUAAUUUUUACUAUGAAUAGCAUUUUUCACCUUGUUUUAGAGCCUGUUAAAACUAAUUCAUUCAAAUUAAGAUCAUUUUUCAUAAUUUAUUUUAAGUGUCCGUUUAUCCAAGGCAAAUCUCGUUACACUUUCAUUUACAUAGCUUAUGUGGAUAUUUAUUACUCAUAUAUAUUUCAUACAUAAUCUAGUGUCCUAGAGGUAGAUAUUUUUUAUUAUCGCAUGUGUUCAUUCUACCAGAUAUUUAUUAAACAUUAGGUAUAUGUGUAACACAGGCACCAAAAAGACUCAUUGGAUUUUGCUAUACAUGUGUUUAUAUAUUUUGUUUACGAAAUGUGUAUAUACUGUUUUAUUUUACACUAUACUGUGCUAAUUGUUAUGAUUACAAACUGCCUACAUGUAAAUUAUGUAUUUAUAAAUGUUAUAUUUUGUCAAAUAUAUGUGCUUAUUUUUCGCAUAAGAUUAUUCGGAUAACUGUAAAUAUAUUAAAUGUAUAUAUUUCUACUUAAGGUUAUUUAUUCAUCAUUUUAAAUUUCUUUUCUUUAUAUGUCUAUACAUUAGAAAUAAAUGACUUUUACAUCGUAGAUUUAACAUUUUGUAAAUACGUAUUUGUUAUCGUUUUUCGCUGAAAUUUUCGUUUCUUUGUUUAUCAAUAAUACAUGUCUUAUGAUUUAUAGUUGUUUGUUAUUUUACAAAUCACAGAGUGCCUUGUCAUUUCCGUGUUUAUUUAAAUAAUUUUGUCAUUGUCGACAUAUGUUUUUUUGCAUUUUUCUAAAUAAGAAAUAUAAUUAUAUUUUAGCAUAAUAGACACCCCCAUAAACAACACAGUAUUUUUGUAUAUAAACUAUUUAUUAAAGCAUACUAUUAUGUGUUUAAAAUAAACAACAUGUGUAUAACUUGUAUUUUAUUUAGUAUAUAUAAUGUUACAUUCUGUUAUUUUUUAUUGCAAUUAAAUAUAUAUUUUUGUACAUUAA